AUGAAAAAUUAUCUAUUAACUAUUGAUAUUCCUCAAUAUGGAAGGACGCACAGACUUAUGGUUUUCGAGGAUGAAUGCUUACAAUCAAUUCAAAAUGAAUUAGCCACGCGUGGUAUAAAUGGAAAAUAUAAAUGUUUUGAUUCAAAUAACAAUGUUAUAGCCAACGACGUACUUUUUUCCAAAUUUGAUAAUGUUGAACCUUCUGGUAAUCUUUCCAUAAUCAAAGUCAAAAUAAAAUUCGAUGAUCCAGAAUACGAAAAAUUAACGCUUGAAAACUUCGAUAUAAAUAAUUCUUCCACUCAAGAAUUUUCAUUUCAGAAUGAUACCAACAACUUUAAUAAGAAUAAUAAUAACAAUACCAAACAACAGCUACAAAAUCAAAAAGAAUCCGAACAUGAAAAUGAUUUAGAUGAUGAUAUGUUUAUUCCUCUUGCAGCAUCUCAAGAAAACCAAAUUGAUGAUAAUCUAGUUUAUGAAAAUCCACAAAAUUCAUUAUUACUACAUAUAAACGCAUCAAAAGAAAACGAAGAAAAUCAAAACAAGACUAAAGAAAAUGAAAGCACUGAAGUCAAAUCAGAAGAAACUAAUCUACCUGCUAAAGAAGAAGUAUCUUCAAAGGAAGAUGCUUCAGAUUUAUCAGAUCUGGCUAUUGAAAUCGUUCCUGAUCCGCCUGAUGAAUUUCUUUCAAAUUCAUUAAUUCCUCAGGAAUUAAUCCAACAAAAUCAACAAAUUAAUGAAGUACAGCCUUCAAAAUCCGAAAAUUCCGAAAAUGUCGAUCAAAAGCAAGAUAACGUCAAAUCUGAAACUCCUACAGCACUAAGUUCAGUUCAAGUUAAUAUGCCACAGGAAAAACCUUCGUUAGAAAGUUCUGAUAAUGUCAAUCAACUAUCUGAGAAUAAGAAUAAUAAUAUGGAAAAAUUAUUUAAACAAAACAUCUCAAAUCCAAGCCAGAAUGAUUCUUCAAGUUCAAAGCCUGAAAAUAUAACUCCUUACGAAUCUCCCAAAGAAAAGAUUAUUGAUGAAAAACCAGAUACAACUAAGAAGAAUCUCCCAAGCCCAAGUCUUAAAGCGAAACUUGAAAUUCCUAUUAACGAUACCAAGUCUGUUGGUCAAAAGCCCGAAAUUAAAAUGCCUAUAUUUGAAUUUCCGAAAUCAACAGAAAACAAACCGUUAAUGUCAACAGAAUCCAAUAUUGAUAAGCAUCAUAAGUCAAAAGUUAAGCACUCUGAUACAAAAAAUAAAUUUAUGGAGUCACCAAAGCCUCCAAUGCCACCACCGGAGUCACCAAAGCCACCAAGAUUUACUCCAAGCCAAUCUUCAUCAAAUUCUUACAAAGAUCCUCCUGAAUUUUCGGAACUUGUUUCAAAUCUAACUGAAAUGGGAUUUGAACGUAAAUAUUCAGAAAAUGCUUUAAGGAGAUGCAAUUACAACCCUGAAAGAGCUGUUAAUUUAUUAAUGUCAGGUAAUGGUAUCGUUGAAGAACUCCAGCCUCAAAUUUACUCGCCUUCCCUUUCACAAAGAGCAAGUAAAGAAACCGAAGAUGAAGUUACGAAAGUUGCAAAAGAAACUUACAAUAAUUUGAAUCCUGGUCAAAAAGCCUUUGUUGAUAAAAUGGUUAAUUUCGGAUUUACACUGCAUAGAAUAAUUAGCAUAUAUGAUGCCUGCGAUUACGACAAUAGUUUAACAGAAACUUUACUCAAAUCUUCUUAA